AUGAAUACCGUCCAUAUCAAAGAAUUAACUAAUCUCGAAAAGAAAUACAUAAUUGAGAAGCAACAACUCAAGAACAAGGUAUAUCCAGAGGUAGAAUCCCUUAAGCAGAUGGCCGCUAAGCUAACACAGCAAGGCGAAUACGAUCAAGCCCAAAUUAAAGUAAAUGAAAUGAUGAAAAUGAAGAAAAAGCUUCUUAAACAGAACGAAUACGAGAUUGACAGGAAGCACAACCAAAGAGUUAAGAAUUUAGAAGAGAAACAAUGCCAGGAACUCAAAGUUCUCGAAGAAGAAAGUGAAAGAGAGUUAGAAAGAAUAAACAACGAGUUUGAAGAGAAUAUAAGAGUUCUCAAACUAACUCUCAAGUCUACAAUCAAAGCUUCUGUAUCAGACUACGCUCUGACGGCCUGA